AUGUCCCAGAGUGCACGUAAUUCUUCUGCCAAGAAAAUUCAAACAAGGGGAAAUGAUGGUACACUGGAGGCUACCCGGCCCCUGGGUCAGAACAACGAAUCAUCUAGUGAAGAAGUGGUGCUCGAGGACGAUAUACCAAACCAUAAUAAAACUAAACAAUCCAUACCCAACAGUGAUAAUAGCUCCGAUCCUGGUUUAUUGAAAAAGCACUCGUCGUAUGGAUCUUACACCACUCAUAUCACUACUUAUCAAUCCAUCCGCACAUUUUUCUGCCCCCAUCCUCAUAUUGAAAAGCUGCCUACGCACCCAAGUUCUUUACCGCUGCUUGUAUUUGUUCAUGGGUUAGGUGGCUCGCUUGCUCAAUUCCACCCUCUUCUCACAACUCUUACAAACGUCGCUCCCUGCUUCGGCAUCGAUUUUCCAGGUUGUGGAUUUUCCACUUUCUCACCGACAGAGUGGUCUGCAUACUCUUUGGAGGCUCUUGCUACGCUUUUGGCGACCGCAAUUGAAAAACGCCGUGAUACAGCUAGAGGCCAAAACGUUAUACUUAUUGGCCACAGUCUAGGUUGCUCCGUUGCCGCCCUACUUGCUUCCACUCACUCAUCAAUCGCACCAGAACUAAAAAAACACAUUAUUGGAGUCGUUGCUCUCUGCCCCCAAAGUUCUCCUCCCUCUAAGGCUACCACUGCACAGUUUCGGCGACUGCUCCAUAUUCCAGAGCUCAUAUUCAAUGCUUGGCGAAGGUGGGAUAGACGAGGUGGCCCCAAUAGCCAUAGCGUGUCUCGAUACGUUGGCUCUGGAGCAGACAUUGAUACAAGAAAGCUACAACUUAGAUUCAAUGAGCAAAGUCGAACUCCUGUUUGGCGGAGAAUGGCCUGGGGGACACUUCCCGUUUACGAUUCUAGCGGAAUACCUAACGGUGGCUUACCGGGGGCAUCUAUAUGGAAAGGAAUACAAGUAUCUCUUUUGCUUAUAGCUGGUGAAUCUGACCCAAUCACAAAACCAGAAGAGAUAUCAAAGAUUCUCGCCUACUUUAAUAUACCCACUAGGCAUCACCAAAAUGGAAAUAACCCUUCCCAAUCGAUACCGAAUUCGGCGCAUAGUUUGUUGGAAUUUCCACGAUCCCAGGAUUCAGAUCAAUCGCCUUCCAAACAGAGUGAUCCAUAUUUGCGAAAGAAAACAGCCAUUCGAGUAUUUGUUUUUCCCGCACCGGCAUCUCAUGCACUGCCAUAUGACCGCUCAAGCUAUCGCGCUUUGUCCGGGCUAAUGCAAGAUUUUUUCUGCGACAUUGUUGACAAACGCCUUAGUCUUGGCUGGCAGUUGCAGCAUCUCACCACUUCAGGAAAAUGGGACGUUAAAAACCUUGCGAAAUGGGAAGCAAUUGCACCUGUAUCAGAUCCUAUUGGCGAAACGUUCUUCGCUUUGAAAACGCUACGCGAGCUAGAUAAAGCGCAUUCCCCACUCCCAUUCGUUGAGAAAUGGAAGGGGAAAAUGCACGCUAUCAUAGAUAUCAGCCAUGAAAGUCCCGUGUAUGACACGGCACAGCUAGGUAAACAUGGUAUUCAGUACCACAAACUUCCUACAGUUUCAAAAAUCCCACCCACUCUGGAUGAAGUACGAGAUUUUGUCCACCUCGUUGAUUCCCUGAAAGAAGAAAUUUCCACUCAAGUCAAGAGCCACGAUGCAGGCGCGCUUUCUCAACCUCUUAUUGGCGUUCAUUGCCACUACGGAUUCAACCGAACGGGCUUCUUUGUCACCUCAUAUCUGAUAGAACGAAAAGGGUACUUGAUUGACGAAGCAUUGGAGGAGUUCAAACGAUGUAGACCACCUGGAAUACGCCACUCGCAUUUUAUCGACGCUCUAUUUGUACGAUAUCGAACAGGAGUCCGGGGGAGGAUAGCCGUUAUGACCUAG